AUGACCGAAUAUAGACAGAAAUUUAAUGAAGAAAAGCAAAAGACUUCAAAUCUUGAAAUUGAAUUAAAGGAAAUGAAAAAGGUAAAUAAUUUAUAUGAAAAAAAGUUUGCUGAUAUGACAAUUAAAUUUGAGCAAUUAAAUAAUGUUACUUGUAAAGUUGUGAAAUUUGUUAAAAUUAAAAAUAAAUGGAAAUAUAUUCCUGAAAAUUUUAAAUGUUGUGAAAAUAAAUGUAUAAGUACAAACAAACCUAGUGGUGUUUGUAUUAACGGAAAUGGAUUUGUUAAUUUAAUUAGUGAUGAAUAUAUUAGAUACUAUAAUUGUGUGGAGGGGAAAGGUAAAGAUAUUGGUGCUGCUGUUCAUGUUGUAAAUCAAUUUAAAAAACCACAAAAUUGUUUUAAUUAUUCUUUGUUUUAUUUUGAAAUUAAAUGUAAAAUUGAAAGAGAGUUAAAUAAUUGGAUGGUUAUUGGUCUUUGUAAUACAAAGAGUUUUAAAUUUAAUGCAAAGAAUUGUGCAAUUGGAAAUGAAAAAAAUGAAGAAAUUAAACUUUCCACAUUUUCCUGGAAUGAUAAUGAUGUUUUUGGAUGUGGUGUAGUUUACUCUCCAACUAUAGUUAAUGAACUUCCUUAUAUUUUUUUCACACAAAAUGGGAAACAAAUUGGGAAAGCUUUAUUGUUAAAGGAUAAUUUUGAUUAUUAUGAACUAUAUGUUAUAUUAAGAUGUUGUUCUGUCGAAACAAACUUUGGAAAUAAUUUGGAGACAAAGCCUUUUAUUUAUGAUAUUUUUAAAUAUUUUGUUUGUAAGGAAUUUUAUUGA